AUGUCAGCAAAUAACGCAGAAAUUGAGCACUCAACCAUGAAAGCAGACGGGGAAAAGUCUAUAACGUAAGUCCAACAUGGAAAUACCCACAUCUUUCAUAUGUCUACUAAGCUUCCGGUAGACCUGACAAAAGCCCGAUCAUCACCCUCUCUCUGCGUCCCAAGUUUGACCCAACCCGUUUCUAUGUCCACCAGGAUUAUCUCGUCAAGAUCCCCUUCUUCAAAGCUGCCCUCCGACCAGGAGCCUAUAUUGAAGGCCAAGAGAAACGUAUCAACUUCGAAGAGGAGGAGGACCCAAAAGUAUUCGGAAGACUGAUCGAGUAUCUCUAUGAGGGUGACUGUUUCCCGAAAUUGGUCGCGGGCCCAUCGGAAAAUGCGGAAAUCUUUGAAGUACCAUUGUUUGUCAAGGAAAAUGCACCUCGAGAGAAACAAGAACAAUAUAUCCACAUGGCAUGGUACGAAACGAAGGAAAUUUCUGGUAAUCAAAUGGAAAGAAGACUCACCAGCCUUGUCAACUGCGGCGUCUAUAUCUCCUCAGAUAAAACGUUUCAGCUCUUUGAGAUGGUGGUGAAGACCCUUUGCCUAAGCGACAGAUAUGGGAUCGGCGAUCUUUUCCAAAAGUGUCUCACAAAGCUCAGAUACUUCCCCAUUGGAACCAAAGAAGUGGCUCUUCUCACGAAGCUCAUCUUGGAGAAUAUCCCCAAAAGCGAUGAGAGCAAAGAUGCGUACGAGUUUCUGUCCAGCUGCAUCCAUCUUCAUCGGCACCGUCUUGCGACAUGCGAGGCCUUCCAAGUUCUCCAGAACACGGAUGACGUUUUGGUACUUCAAGGAUUACUUGCACUGAUGGCUCCUGUUCUAAUGCAACCGACUGCAUCUGAAAUCUUAUCCAUCAAGGACAAAGCUUUAGCUCUAGUACGUUCUUCGUGUCAGGCGAGAUUGCUCGUGUGCCUAAAAGACAUCUCAGCCGAAGUAAAUCGCGACAUUUUUAUGAGAGAUGAACCGAGGCUUACGAUAAGCAAUAUGGUGUUUGGGGCUUGUAUGAAGGGCGAAGUGUACGUCAGCUACCAAUCAAACGGUUACUUAAGAGGCCAUCAUGUUCGAGGCUGGAAACAUGGUGUAACAUUUGGUAUGCAUGCAGAUCUGUGGUUUCCUUCUAACUACUUCAAAUAA